GUGUAACCUGCGUCCUGUGACCGACCGACGUAGCUGUCGUCCGUCGUCUGUCGUCUAUCCUCUGUUCUCCUGUCCUCCUGUCCUCCUGUCCUCGGCCGUCCCCGUCUAUUCCCAUGCUCAACCCACACUCAUCAACUCCUUCAACCCAUCAGCACGCCAAACCCAUCGACCCAUUCUUGUCCAUAUCCACCUCUCCAGCUGGUUCAGAAUUCAGACAGACCCGUUCCUCGGCCUAGAGCGGAGUAUGUACGCUGCAUGAUUGUCCACCAUCUAUCCCAUGGGUCAGUAAGAGGCUUCCCGGCAUCCCUCACUCAUUCCUCGACCCUGGACCUCGACCUCGGCCCUCUCGUCUCAGUCCUGUCUCAACUUUCGGCGGAUUAUUCGAGCGAGCCAUAUAUAGGCUCAACGAGUCGCCCAUAUGGCGGUCCUCAACCCCCCCGCCAUCCUCCGCCUCCUCGGCACCGGUGCCAGCUCCUCUUCGUCUUCAACUUCUUCAACUUCCCCAUCCGGCCCUUCCCUCUUCGGCCGUAAUUCUCGAGCCUGGGCACGAGCCCGGCCAACACGCAUCCUCGCCGCUGCCGUCGCUGCAGCUUUCCUUGUCGCCUACCUGUUGCUCGGUAGUUCGUUCCUAGCCACUGGUCCCUACCUUGGAUCCACGACAGACCUGGAUCUCUCCCCGAACCGCUUUGCAGACGGGAGCGACCGGGAAUUGGAGUUGCAUUCUCAUGACCACGACCAUGACCAUGACCAUGACGAUAGCCAUACCCCCCUGUGGAUUGAACCCCCGUGGAUUGAACCCUCGGGGGAAGAUCCCGCCCCCCCUCCGUUCACCCCCCUCCCUCCGGUCAACCCCCCGGCCCCUUUCACGCCGGCUUCCCCGCCGCUGGACGAACCUCGCCCCAUAUCCGGUGCUGGGUCACCUCCGCAGAACCAGCCACCGCCCCCUGCUCCCGCUCCCGCCCCUGCCCCUGACGAUGGGGGCACAACUUCGGACACGGCUUCGGACACGGCUUUGAAAUGCGUUUCUCAUGUCCAAUGGAUGAGGACUCGUCCUGGCCCAAACUCCGAAGGCAAGCGUCGGUUUCCCCACAUGCGUCCCCCGCCGCACUGUCGUACCUUCACUCUGCCGGAACUCGAGUCUCUCAUCGCAGAGGUGAAGACGGCCAUCCGCGACCCGGACCUGGCCCGCCUCUUCGAAAACGCCUAUCCCAUGACGCUCGACACCAUGGUCCGUUGGCGCGGCUAUGCCAACGAGUCGGACCCCGACACGGGCGAAUCACGCGUCACCGACCAGGAGCUGGCCUACGUCGUCACGGGUGAUAUCGACGCCAUGUGGCUGCGAGACUCGGCCUCUCAGAUCUACUCCUACUUGCCCUUGUUGCGAGCGUCGUCCGACCCGGACUCUCUCGCCAGCCUCUGGCGUGGCAUCAUCAACGCCCAUGCCCGCUACAUCACCAUAUCGCCUUACUGCCACAGCUUCCAGCCGCCUCCCGAGUCGGGCAUCCCCCCGACCAAGAACGGCGCCUACCAUCUGAACCACCCCAACCCUCCCUACGACCCCGUCAAGGUGUUCGACUGCAAGUGGGAGCUCGACUCGCUCGCGUCGUUCCUGCAGAUCUCCGUUGCCUACCACGACAAGACGGGAGACGUCGGUUUUUUCCAAAAGUAUCGUUGGGUCGAGGCCGUCGACGCCGCCGUCCGCGCCGCCGGAGCCAUGCGCCGCGGCACCUACGACGCCGACGGCAAGGUCCAGCACUCGGCAUGGACCUUCACCGGCUGGACAGACCGCGGCAGCGAGACGCUGACCAACGACGGCCUCGGCAACCCUUGCAAGGAAAACGGCAUGGUACGCACGGCUUUCCGGCCGUCCGACGACGCCACCAUCUUCCAGUUUCUCGUCCCCGCGAACAUGAUGUUCGCCGCCUACCUCGACUCCGCCGCCGACAUCAUGGCCGCCCUCGACGGCGAACUCGCGCAGAACCUGACCUCGACCAUGCGCGACAUGGCGUUCGGCAUCCGUCGCGGCAUCGACAAGGACGCCGUGGUCCCACGGCCCGGCUUUGGCGACGUGUACGCCUAUGAAGUCGACGGUUACGGCGGCACCAACCUCAUGGACGACGCCAACGUGCCGUCCCUGCUGGCCAUGCCGCUCUGGAACUACACCGGCGUCGACCCGGCGCGCGAUUACCACGCCAUCUACCGCAACACCCGCCGCUUCGUUCUCAGCGAAGCCAACCCGUACUUUAUGAAGGGGCCCGUCCUCUCCGCCGUGGGCGGGCCGCACGUCGGACCCGGGAAGGCCUGGCCGAUGGCUGCCGUCAUUGCGGGGCUGACGGCGUUUGAGCCCAUGUCGGGAUUGGACGAGGCCGAGUUGGAAGAGGAGGUCGACACACAGAUGGGUAUGCUGCUCGGCUCGACCACCAACGCCGGCGUACUGCACGAGAGCGUCAAUAGCUGGAGCGGGGAGGAUUUCACCCGUUCCUGGUUUGGGUGGCCGAACGGGCUGUUCGGAGAGCUCAUAUUGAGGAUGCGCGACUAUCAAGAAGGACGGGGACGGGGACAGGGACAGGCCAUGGAAGGUUUACUGGCCAAAUCGUGGCAAUAGAAACCCGCGGCCGGAAGUCUGGCGGCGUACGAAGCGGCAGAACAAUCACAACGGCGUUUACGAAGUACUCGGUAACGUUUUUCACGUUGCGGCUG